UCAAUCUUAUUUGUGGUUACAAACAUGAAAUACAACAUUGUUUUUUUAGUUCUCUGUUCGUUUAACUUUGGUUUAGGACAGAAAUGGCAAAAUUGGCAUCAUAUAAUUAACUCACAAACACAAAAUAUAGAAUUAAAAAAUUUAAAAGAAAUAAAGAGUUCCGUGAACGAAGUGCACCAUGAAUAUCUUUUCCAGAAGAAAGUUACUUUUCAAAACGGGUUUGAGAAACCAGAAAAUAGGAUUGUAAAUGGCUCCGAAACAUUGCCUCAUCAAUAUCCUUUCCAGGCUGCAAUACUUGCGCAAGAACAAAGUGUGGAUGUCGAUUUCUGUGGCGGUACCUUGAUAACAAAACGUUUUGUUUUAACAGCUGCACAUUGCUUAUAUGGAUACAAGCAUUUAACGGUUGUUCUUGGAGCUCAUAACUUGUCAAUAAAUGAACCAAGCCAACAAGUAUUUUAUACAGAUGAAUUUGUAGUUCAUCCUAGAUGGUUUGUGACAUUUUUGAUAUCCAGAAAUGAUGUAGGUUUGGUGAAAUUGCCACGUGACGCACUGCUAAAUGAGUUUGUGCAAACAAUUCGUUUACCAAGACUUCAUCAAAUGGAAACCACAUUUUCCGGAAUGAAUGCAACCACGAUUGGCUGGGGAAAAACUAAAAUGUCAGAAAACGUCCAUCGUGACGUUUUACGGCAUGUUUCUAAUCCAAUUGUGGCAUACGAGUCAUGUAGAGAACAAUUUGCAGCCUAUAUUCCAAUCGACAAAAAAUGUCAUAUUUGUUUCUCAAAUGAGCAAGGGAGAGGAGUUUGUAAUGGUGAUAGUGGCGGUCCGUUAAUCAUUCGUGACGAAGAUGGUGAAAUAACUCAAGUUGGUGUAACAUCAUUUAUAACGGCUUGUGAAAAUCCAGAGAGACCUGCUGGUUUUGCCCGAAUUUCUUCUUAUCUUUAUUUCAUUGCAGAAAAUAGUGAUUAUGUACUUGAACAGUGAUUAUUAACUCCGACUUAUUUUAUUGGAAUUAAAAAAUAUUGUAUUUAA